GGCCGGGCCGAGCCGAGCCGUGCCGUGCCGUGUCGUGUCGCUCCGCCGCCGCGGCGGCCCCGCCGCGAUGUGGCUGGGGCCCGAGGAGGUGCUGCUGGCCGGCGCGCUGUGGGUCACGGAGCGGGCCAACCCCUUCUUCUUGCUGCAGCGCCGGCGGGGACACGGCAAAGGGGGCGGCCUCACGGGUCUUCUCGUAGGAACUUUAGACGUGGUUUUGGAUUCCAGUGCCAGAGUUGCCCCAUACCGUAUUCUGCACCAGACUCAGGACUCUCAAGUGUAUUGGGCAGUGGCGUGUGGAUCAUCUCGAAAAGAGAUCACAAAGCAUUGGGAAUGGCUGGAGAAUAACUUACUACAGACUCUGUCCAUCUUUGAUAAUGAAGAAGAUAUCACCACCUUUGUCAAGGGCAAGAUACAUGGAAUUAUUGCUGAGGAGAACAAGAAUGAGCAGCCCCAGAGUGAAGAGGAUCCAGGUAAAUUCAAAGAGGCUGAACUGAAGAUGCGGAAGCAGUUUGGGAUGCCUGAGGUGGAGAAGUUGGUCAAUUACUAUUCCUGCAGCUAUUGGAAGGGACGUGUGCCCAGACAGGGUUGGCUGUACCUCACCGUCAAUCACCUCUGUUUCUACUCCUUCCUGCUGGGGAAAGAGGUUACACUGGUGAUCCAGUGGGUGGAUGUAACCCAACUAGAAAAAAAUGCCACACUGCUGUUCCCUGAGUGCAUUAAAGUAAACACAAGGGAUAGCGAACUGUAUUUUUCCAUGUUUCUCAACAUCAAUGAGACAUUCAAGCUGAUGGAGCAGUUGGCCAACAUUGCUAUGCGACAGCUGUUGGAUAAUGAGAGCUUCCUACAGGACAAGACCCUCCCAAAGCCCAGGAAACCUCUUAAGAACAUCUCUGCACUAAAAAGAGACCUGGAUGCUCGAGCCAAAAAUGAAUGCUACCGUGCCACUUUCCGGUUGCCUAAGGAUGAAUGCCUGGAUGGACAUACAGAUUGCACCUUGUGGACACCAUUCAACAAGAUGCAUAUUCCUGGCCAGAUGUUUGUUUCCAACAAUUACAUCUGCUUUGCCAGCAAGGCAGAGGAGGCCUGUCAUCUCAUCAUUCCUCUGCGGGAGGUGACAAUAGUUGAGAAAGCAGAUAGUUCCAGUGUCUUGCCCAGCCCUCUGUCCAUCAGCACUAAAAGUAAAAUGACCUUCUUCUUUGCCAAUCUGAAAGACCGAGAUUUCUUGGUGCAGAGAAUCUCUGACUUCUUGCAGAGAACGCCGUCCAAGAAACCAUGCGACAGGGAGUGGAAGUGGAAUGCGGCUGAUCCUGGUUGCAAGGAGGUUCCAGAGCUGCCUUCCAGCAGCCCACUUGCAGUUAGCCCCACGUCUGCUCUCAGCAAUCGACCUGUCAACUUCUGUGCGGGGGAGGUGCCAACAGCCUCACAGGGACUGCUCAAACUCUUCAGAAGAAAUUCCGAGGAGCUCUUGGGACCUAAAGGGGCAAAGGAGAAGAUGAAGGAAGAGUCUUGGAACAUUCACUUCUUUGAAUACGGGCGAGGGAUGUGUAUGUAUCGCACUGCCAAGACGAGGGAGCUGGUGCAAAAAGGAAUCCCAGAGAAUCUUCGUGGAGAGCUGUGGCUGCUCUUCUCAGGGGCUUGGAAUGAGAUGGUGACUCAUCCGGGUUACUAUGCAGAUCUUGUGGAAAAGUCAAUGGGAAAGUACAAUCUUGCUACAGAGGAAAUUGAGAGAGAUCUGCACCGUUCAAUGCCAGAACAUCCUGCCUUCCAGAACGAGUUGGGAAUUGCUGCCCUCCGGAGAGUCUUAACAGCUUAUGCAUUCAGAAAUCCAACAAUUGGGUACUGUCAGGCCAUGAACAUUGUCACGUCAGUACUGUUGCUGUACUGCAAUGAGGAAGAGGCUUUCUGGCUCCUCGUGGCUUUAUGUGAGCGGAUGUUGCCAGAUUACUACAACACAAGAGUAGUGGGUGCAUUGGUAGACCAAGGCAUCUUUGAAGAACUUACACGAGAGUAUCUUCCACAGCUGUCAGAAAAGAUGCAGGACCUAGGAGUGAUUUCCACCAUAUCUCUUUCCUGGUUUCUCACUCUCUUCCUCAGUGUCAUGCCCUUUGAGAGUGCUGUGGUCAUUGUCGACUGCUUUUUCUAUGAAGGAAUCAAGUUCAUCUUGCAGGUGUCAUUGGCCAUACUUGAUGCCAACAUGGAGAAACUGUUACAGUGCAGUGAUGAAGGUGAAGCCAUGACUAUUCUGGGCAGAUACUUGGACAACGUGGUUAACAGACAGAGUGUCUCUCCCCCCAUUCCCCAUCUGCACGCCUUAUUGACGAGCGGAGAUGACCCACCACUGGAAAUCGACAUCUUUGAACUCAUCAAAACAUCGUACGAGAAAUUUAGCAAUCUGAAGGCAGAUGACAUUGAACAAAUGCGUUUUAAACAAAGGCUUAAGGUGAUCCAGUCUCUGGAGGAUACAGCCAAGAAGAGUGUGGUCCGAGCUGUGUCUAGUGACAUUGGUUUCUCUAUUGAAGAACUAGAAGAGCUGUAUGUGGUAUUCAAGGCAAAGUACCUGAUGAGCUGUUACUGGGGAAAUAACCGUGCUGCAGCUGCCCGCCGCGAUCAGAGCUUGCCCUACCUGGAGCAGUACCGCAUAGACAUGGAGCAGUUCAAGGAGCUCUUCAUCAGUUUGACCCCUUGGUCCUGUGGUGCACACACACCUGUGCUGGCAGGGCGUUUGUUCCGGCUUCUGGAUGAGAACAGGGAUUCUCUCAUCAACUUCAAGGAGUUUGUGACAGGGAUGAGUGGGAUGUACCACGGUGACCUCACUGAAAAACUCAAAGUACUCUACAAACUGCAUCUGCCUCCUGCUCUGAAUCCAGAGGAGACAGAGUCUGCUUUGGAAGCCACAAGUUAUUUCACAGAGGAUGCUACAACAGAAGAAACCCAAGAAGAUAAAGGGAGGAGAAAUGAGAACGGUCCAGAAAAAGAGGAGAAAGGUACCAGUCCACAGGACUAUAGAUAUUACCUAAGAAUGUGGGCCAAGGAAAAAGAGUCCAAGAAAGAAACCAUUAAAGAUCUCCCAAAAAUGAGCCAGGAACAAUUCAUAGAGUUGUGCAAGACCCUUUACAACAUGUUCAGUGAGGACCCAGUGGAGCAAGAGCUAUACCAUGCAAUUGCCACUGUAGCCAGUCUCCUUCUGCGAAUUGGGGAGGUGGGGAAAAAAUUCUCCAACAGGCCUGUGAGGAAGCCUGAGGACUGCAAAGCAAACAGUACUCAAGAGCCUGUGAGUGAAGAGGAGUCACCCACAUCUGAACAGAGUCAGAACUCAGCAGUGGAGCAGCAACCCCAAGCUGACCAUGAGGACAAAACCUCCGGAGACACCCAGCCUGAAAAAACACAGCAGGAGAACCAAACUCUAGGAGAUGGGCCAGGGGAAGGUCAGGGUUCUCCUUUACAGCUGCUAUCAGAUGAUGAAACCAAAGAUGAUAUGUCUAUGUCUUCCUACUCCAUGGUCAGCACAGGCUCCCUGCAAUGCGAAGACAUUGCAGACGACACAGUCCUGGUUGGUUGUGAAGGCAGCAGUUCAGCUGCCAGGUACGGUAGUACCAUUGAUACUGACUGGUCUAUAUCCUUUGAGCAGAUCUUGGCUUCCAUGCUGACAGAAACAGCCCUUGUAAACUACUUUGAGAAAAAAGUCAACAUUCUGCAAAAGAUCAAAGAUCAGAAGAAGGUAGAGAGGCAGUUCAGCUCAUCCAGCGACUAUGAACUUUCCUCUGUGUCGGGGUGAACUCAAGAAAGCAGGAGUUGUCUUUGGGAGGUGACGUGGCAGAUGGCAGGAUGGCUUGGUAUUUUGUGUUUGGGGUUGGGAUUUUUUUAAAUUUAAUCAGAGACCAGUAACUACACAAUUACAAUAGAUUCCAAUUGAUAAGGGGCUUCUGACAGUGACUGUUUUGUGUAGGUGCUGCUUUGGCUACUCUGGCUGACAGAAUUAGAUUCACACUCUCGAGAGCCAUUAGAACCUAAUAGCCCCUGACCUAUAGAAUUACCACCACAAAUUAUGCAUGUCUGCCUUUUGCUAGCUUUUAUUUUAAUGAAGUUUUCUUUGAGACAGUAACUGCUCUUUGCCUGCCCGUGUUUGCUGUAGGUUCCUGGGUAACUUGCACAGCAGACGCAGCCUGGCUCAAAGCCAUGUUCUCUGCUGGCUGCCGGUCUGAGAGCUAACGCAGUGUAGUCCAGUGCUGUAGGACCCUGACCCAUAAGUAGUUUUGUACGUUCCUCAGUGCUGUUCUGUGACUCAGCAGCUAGAAUGCAAACGUGCUCCACUGCUCCCAGCACCCAAAGGUCUAAACAGAGACAUUGCUCAGACCUGCGGGUUCCUUUCAGAUGUGAUUUGGCGUUUUCAUGGUGUGUGACCACCCUUUUUCUUGUUCCUUCAGGAGUUUUCAGACACACCUCGUUUUACUGACAUUUGCUUUUCUAAUUCUUUUAAAGCUAUUUUAGUUGGUCUGGAAAGCCACAAGCUCCUUGACUUCAGUGCAGAAGCGAUACUAAGUCAAUCAGUGGGCUCAUGACCAUUAUCAUGAGAGUAAGUUCCUAAAUUAGAAGUCAGUGAAUCAGCCUCAGCGUCACAGGGCAGCGUCACGCUGGUCUGAUGUACUUACCCUCUCGAUACAGAAAACAUUGUUUAUUGCUGAUUCUCCCUUUUUUAUGCUAGCAAUGGGUCCGAGUUUUUAGGACAACCCCUCAGAAUACUCAUCAGUCACCCCUCACAACCACUUAGGGCAGGAGAAUGUGCAGGAGUGUUGUGUCACCUGCAGCUACUCAUUGUGUCCUUCCUGGAUAUCCUGUGCAAAUUGUCUAGCCGUGGAUGGACUCUUAAAAUAAAAGGGCAUUUAUACCUAAAGAGGACAAAUUCAAAGCAGUGUGGCCCUUUGCCAUCACCCCGUUACAGGAAACCUCAAUAGACUAGAAUCUCUUUCCAGUUAGAGACAAAACAACUGAGAGGCUGAGCAAGUGCUCUCUUAAAUCAGUUAAGACCAGAGGAAACUAAGAAUUAGCCUUCUGGUCGUGAGGUAUGUGCUCUGAGGAAGGAGAAUUAAUGCUGUUCCUACAUGUAAAUUCAUCUCGGUGCCAGGCAUCUGCCUUGCAUGGCCAGAGUGAGAGGUGCUGCUGCUCCACAUGAUCAGACCCUGCACUGAAGGCAAGGUUUGCUGCAGCUUUUGGCUGGCAGUGCGAUAUAAAGGAUGGAAGGACAUGUAUGGUUGGAUGUUCCCAUUUAACACUACUUGGUGUGCUCCUCUUCAGUGUUAAUUCCUCCAUGUGAUGUCUCUGUAUGUAUCCACAGCCGGUCCAUAGUUCUUACUUCUCUCCUCUGCCCUGUAUCCCAGGAGAGCAGCCAUUAGUAAAACUGCUUUUACUAAUUAUUCAGUAAUUUAUUGUAAUUUUUUAAAAAUACAAAUAAUACUGUGAUUUUACACUGUCUGUCUGUCUUACCCAUCAUGUACUCAAUAAAUGAACCUGAAUCCUA